AUGGGCUUCGCGUCUGUCUCUUCAUCACUGAUACCGUUGGUCAGUUUGUACGCCUUGGAGGAGAUCACUCGAACAGCAUUCACUCUCCUUCUCCUUGUAUGGGGAAUAGCGCUUGCUAUUGCCAUGCUAUUGCUCGUCAAGAAUUUCUUCUUGAAGCUUGAGACCAUCCAUGUGCUUCCCGUGGGAAAUGUCUGUUAUGCCGUGCUGCCACGAAUCUGGGAGAAUUGGUUACCCAAUGUAGCUGAGCAUGCCAUAUUCUUCCUCUUUUUGCUCUUCAAGUCCCUAAAGACACCGAGGUCUGCACAAACGCCCCUCUUAGCCAUCAUGUACCGACAUGGCAUUUUCUACUUUGCAUUCACGUUGACAGUAUUCGUUCUAUCCUUCGUCACAUGGCGGUAUCUGGAUCUUAAAUGGUUCUCUGUUCCGCUCCUGUCGACAUGGAUAAUGCCUUUCAGCACUUCCUCUCAAGCUCCUUCUCCGGCACACGAACGACCGGAACUCAGUCAGCGCCAGAGUAUAUCUCAGGAAUCCGAACGACGGCGCUACCCGCAGCUCAACGAGCUCACGAGCAAUUUCCCUGCCAUGACCGCUGGCACGAGCAGUUCACGACCAAAGAGCGGCGAUAAAGGCGACAGUGCUAAGCAUCGAACUACCAGCAAAUAUAAUAAGUCUGUAUAUAUCAACGCGGCGAGCCAGUUUGACAGCCAUCUCUCCGGAGAAGAGACUGAAGCGGACGAGGCGCCUAGUGUAUUGCACGGUCUUCCAGAGCCUGAGGUUCAUCCUCAGGUGCACAAGGAUCUUGAUCGCCUACAGAGUGAAGAAAGCGAACCCACUCGAGGGACUGCAGGUGAAAGUAGUAGACUUCACCGUGUUUGGUCAAGGCUACCCUGGUGGCUAAUGCGGGGAUCUCAUCAUGGUGACUUGCAUAUCCAGGUUGCCUAUGAUGAAGAUGUGGUGGAGAUGGCAGACUGGGAGGCCAGUGGGGCUUCCGGCCGUGCGGGUCUCGAAGGCGGUUUACGAGUCUCAAAAUUGGGAAGAUACGACCAUUGGUUGUGA